AUGGCCGGCUUCUCUGGCAAGGGCGGAAGCGAGGGCGGUCGGAACCAAAAGUUCGAUAUCAAGGCGUACCACGGGGCGAAAAGCUGGGCUGGUCACGUCUCGAAAGCCCUGGCUCUCGCGUACCCCGACUUCACCGUCACAAUGCAAGAUCGGCCCGAGGCCAUCUCCGCCGCCGCGAAACUGUCGGGCCUCCCGCGCAACCUGAGCUUUAAGCCACACGACUUCUUCUCACCGCAAACCCUUCACGGGGCCGAUGCCUACUUCUUACGGCACAUACUGCACAAUUGGCCCCAGGCGGAGGCCGUUUCCAUCCUAAGCGCGCUCGUCCCGGCCCUAAAGCCGGGCGCCAGGGUGCUGGUCUCGGAGUUCCUCAUGCCGGGUGCGGCGCAGCGCGGCCGGUCGCUUCUGGACGACAAGCUCAUUCGCCAGAUUGACCUGCAGAUGAUGGACGUGUACAACUCCAAGGAAAGGACGGCCGAGGACUUUGCGGCCUUGUUCCGGAUGGCGGGCGAGAAGCUGAGGUUCGUGGCCAAGUACCAGCUCCCAGGAGACCAGGAGAGUUGCAUCUUUGAAGCUGUAUAUGACGAUGAUGAUGGGGCCCCCUAA